AUUCUGAUCAAUUUGCAAAUCUCAGUCAGGUGCAAUGGCUAAAAAUGCAGAGAGAACAUACAUCAUGGUGAAACCCGAUGGGGUUCAACGAGGCCUUGUUGGCAACAUAAUCUCCAGAUUUGAGAAGAGGGGUUACCAACUUUGUGGUCUGAAAAUGAGAACAGCCUCAAAGGAACUUUUAGAGGAGCAUUACGGAGAAUUGAAGACAAAAGCUUUCUUCCCCGGUCUUAUCAACUUUAUGACCAGUGGACCAGUUGUAUCGAUGUGCUGGCAAGGUAAAGACGUUGUGAAACAGGGCAGAGCUAUGUUGGGCGAGACUGAUCCUCUCAAAUCUAAGCCUGGUAGUAUCAGGGGAGAUUAUUGUAUUGAUAUGGGUAAGAAUGUUUGCCAUGGCUCCGACUCUGUGGAAACUGCACAGGAUGAGAUCAAAAUGUGGUUUAAGCCUGAUGAGGUUGUCGAUUAUAGUCUGACUGCUUAUAAAGACAUCUACGAAUAGGCUUUCGUGUUGAAUUUUACGCUGUUCUGCAAAUUUGUGCUGGAUCACAAGGCUACAUUUUAUCCUCUUUUAUGAGUUUAUUUGAAACUUUGACCCUUUUAUUCCUUUUAUUUUUGUACAUAUUUUCUUGAAACAGAUGUAUCAUUCACUAGCAUUGUAAAAUAAAAUAUCCUUCAAGAAUUUGUUCCUUACGCGUAAGCUGUUGUGUUGAUAUUUGCGCUUGAUUCUUAUUAAAAA